UCAGUCAGGGCUGGCCAGGCUUCCCCUGCUCAAUACCCAUCUUCUCCGGUCUCCCUCGCCAGUCCAGCUUCACCUAGGAGUCUUGCGUGCUUUGGCUGGGUUCCUUUUCCCGCCCGGGAGGGGGUGCCCUGCGCCCGGGGCUGCCGCGAAGCAUGAGUGUCUAAGUGAGGGCUUCCCUCUUUUGCCCGAGGCGGCCGGGUGCCUUUCUUUGCAACCUCGCCUCCUGCGGCUGGGUGGUCCUUUCUCUCACCGGGCUUUGGAGACACGCGCCGGAUUUCGAGGGGAGGGAGACGAUGGACUGAGACGAUGCACGCCAUGGAAUCCCGGGUGUUACUGAGAACGUUCUGCGUGAUCCUCGGGCUCGGAGCGGUUUGGGGGCUUGGUGUGGACCCCUCCCUACAGAUUGACGUCUUAACAGAGUUAGAACUUGGGGAGUCCACAGCUGGAGUGCGCCAAGUCCCGGGACUGCAUAAUGGGACGAAAGCCUUCCUCUUCCAAGAUUCCCCCAGAAGCAUAAAAGCACCCACUGCUACAGCUGAGCGGUUUUUCCAGAAGCUGAGAAAUAAACAUGAGUUCACAAUCUUGGUGACCCUGAAACAGAUCCACUUAAAUUCGGGAGUUAUUCUCUCCAUCCAUCACUUGGAUCACAGGUACCUGGAACUGGAAAGCAGUGGCCAUCGGAAUGAGAUCAGACUCCACUACCGCUCUGGCACGCACCGUCCCCACACGGAAGUGUUUCCUUAUAUUUUGGCUGAUGCCAAGUGGCACAAGCUCUCCUUAGCCUUCAGUGCCUCUCACUUAAUUUUACACAUCGACUGCAAUAAGAUCUAUGAACGAGUGGUGGAAAUGCCUUCAACAGACUUGCCUCUGGGCACCACAUUUUGGUUGGGACAGAGAAAUAAUGCACAUGGCUAUUUUAAGGGAAUAAUGCAAGAUGUGCAACUACUUGUCAUGCCCCAGGGGUUCAUUGCUCAGUGCCCGGAUCUUAAUCGAACCUGUCCAACAUGCAACGACUUCCAUGGACUUGUGCAGAAAAUCAUGGAGCUGCAGGACAUUUUAUCGAAGACGUCAGCCAAGUUGUCCAGGGCUGAACAAAGAAUGACCAGGCUGGAUCAGUGCUACUGUGAGCGGACAUGCACCGUGAAGGGAACCACCUACCGAGAGUCUGAGUCCUGGACAGAUGGCUGUAAGAACUGCACAUGCCUGAACGGGACCAUCCAGUGUGAGACUCUGGUCUGCCCUGUUCCUGACUGCCCUCCUAAAUCAGCCCCUGCGUACGUGGACGGCAAGUGCUGUAAGGAGUGCAAAUCAACCUGCCAGUUCCAGGGACGCAGCUACUUUGAGGGAGAAAGGAACACAGUAUACUCAUCUUCUGGAAUGUGUGUCUUGUAUGAAUGCAAGGAUCAGACCAUGAAGCUUGUUGAGAACGUCGGCUGCCCACCCUUAGAUUGUCCCGCGUCUCAUCAGAUCGCCUUGUCUCACAGCUGCUGCAAGGUUUGUAAAGGUUAUGACUUCUGUUCUGAGAAGCACACCUGCAUGGAGAACUCGGUCUGCAGGAACCUGAAUGACAGGGCUGUGUGCAGCUGCAGGGAUGGUUUCAGGGCUCUCCGGGAGGACAACGCCUACUGUGAAGACAUUGACGAGUGCGCAGAAGGGCGCCAUUACUGCCGUGAGAACACCAUGUGUGUGAACACUCCUGGUUCUUUCAUGUGUAUCUGCAAAACUGGGUACAUCAGGAUCGAUGAUUACUCAUGUACAGAACAUGAUGAGUGUCUCACAAACCAGCACAAUUGUGAUGAAAAUGCUUUGUGCUUUAACACUGUUGGAGGACACAACUGCGUCUGCAAGCCUGGCUACACUGGGAAUGGAACCACGUGCAAAGCUUUCUGCAAAGAUGGCUGUAGAAAUGGAGGUGCCUGCAUUGCUGCCAAUGUGUGUGCCUGCCCACAAGGCUUCACGGGACCCAGCUGUGAGACAGACAUUGACGAGUGCUCUGAGGGCUUUGUUCAGUGUGACAGCCGUGCCAACUGCAUCAACCUGCCUGGGUGGUACCACUGUGAGUGCAGAGAUGGCUACCAUGACAAUGGGAUGUUUGCGCCAGGUGGAGAAUCCUGUGAAGAUAUUGACGAAUGCGGGACCGGGAGGCACAGUUGCGCCAAUGACACCAUUUGCUUCAACUUGGAUGGGGGAUACGAUUGCCGGUGUCCCCACGGGAAGAACUGCACGGGGGACUGCGUGCACGAGGGGAAAGUCAAGCACACCGGGCAGAUCUGGGUGCUGGAAAAUGACAGGUGCUCCGUGUGUUCCUGCCAGACUGGAUUUGUCAUGUGUCGACGAAUGGUCUGCGACUGCGAAAACCCUACAGUUGACCUUUCCUGCUGCCCUGAGUGUGACCCAAGGCUGAGCAGUCAGUGCCUGCAUCAAAACGGGGAAACUGUGUACAACAGCGGUGACACCUGGGUCCAGGAUUGCCGCCAGUGCCGCUGCUUGCAAGGAGAAGUUGACUGCUGGCCCCUGGCUUGCCCAGAGGUAGAGUGUGAAUUUAGCGUCCUUCCUGAGAACGAGUGCUGCCCACGCUGUGUCACCGAUCCUUGUCAGGCCGACACCAUCCGCAAUGACAUCACCAAAACCUGCCUGGACGAGAUGAACGUGGUUCGCUUCACCGGGUCUUCCUGGAUCAAGCACGGCACGGAGUGUACCCUCUGCCAGUGCAAGAAUGGCCAUGUGUGCUGCUCAGUGGAUCCACAGUGCCUUCAGGAGCUGUGAAGUUAACUGCCUCACGGGAGAUAUCUGUUCAAAGAAUGUUUUCUCAUUUCAAAAGACCAAAUAAAUAAAUACAUAAAUAAAAAGUGAUGUGUGGCCAGCCAGAUGCAACUUGGUUAGCAGCUGGAUGGACUGAUGUUGAUUAUGGAUUUGUGGGUCCUGAGGAACGUCUCUGAGGAAACUAGAUGACAGGUCUGCCUUUACUAUUCCUGGGGUCACCUUGUAGAGGAAUGGGUGUGGAGCACAGGCCAUGACAUCCUCACCCCCUGCAUAAGAAGCCUGAGCCCAUCAGCUCUGGGAGAGCCUCUCACUCCAUCAGCAGGCAGGCGCAGGACAUGUUCUUCCAUCUCAGACUCUCUGAAUCAGCGAGUUUCUUCACUGAAGCAGUUGAACGUGAGGCGGCGAGCGAGUUAUAUUUUCAGAAUCCAAGAAGCUGAUGCAUCUGUACAGUGCACUCUGAAACCCGAAACAAGCUAUUGUAAUGAUAAAUAACGCACAGGCAUGGUUACGUAACAUUUUCUAACAGGAAAAGUCACCCCACCCCACCCCAAUUUCCUUGUUUACUGCACUUAAUAUUAUUUGGUUGAAUUUGUUCAGUAGAAGCUCGUUCUUGUGCAAAAUAAAAUAACUAUUUCUCUUACCUUAU